CCACGACCACCAUAUAACCAUUCCAAUCCCUCCCCUUCCUCCCUUCUUCCUCCUCCCCCAUCACCAACUUCACACAUCCAAUCCGCCCACCAUGACUUCCUCAUCCUCGCCUUUCAAUCUGCAGACCUGUGCGCGCCCUAAUAUCCUCGCUCUCCAACCAUACCGCUGCGCGCGCGACGACUACAAAGACGACGGCACAAACAUCCUCCUCGACGCCAACGAAAACGCCUUCGGUCCCUCCCUCCCCCCCUCCCUCACAUCCGCCGACCUCUCCCUCAAGACUCUAAACCGAUAUCCCGACCCCCACCAGGGCCCGCUGAAAACGCUGCUCUGCGAUCUCCGCAAUGCCUCCCCGCCUCCGAACCAAAUACCUACGCCCGCGCCGUUGACGGCAGAGAACCUUUUUCUGGGUGUUGGGAGCGAUGAGGCGAUCGAUGCACUUUUGAGGAGCUUUUGCGUGCCGGGUAGGGAUAAGAUUUUGGUUUGUCCGCCGACGUAUGGGAUGUACACCGUCUCUGCACACACCAACGACGUCUCUCUCGUUUCCGUCCCGCUUCUCCCAGCGCCGACUUUCGGGCCCGACGUCCCUGCCCUCUCCGCCGCCCUAGAGGCAGAUAAGACGAUUAAGAUCCUCUACCUCUGCUCACCCGGGAACCCGACUGGGUCGCUCAUCCCGCCGAAGGAUAUUGUGGAGUUGCUGAGUCACAAGACGUAUAAUGGGAUUAUAGUGGUAGACGAAGCGUAUAUUGAUUUCGCGCCCGCGUCUUCGUCGGCUGCGCCGCUGGUGACUGCGUAUCCCAACCUGGUGGUGCUGCAGACGCUGUCAAAGGCUUUUGGGUUGGCGGGUGUGAGACUGGGUGCGGCGUUUGCGGCGAAGGAGGUAGCGGGGUUGAUGAAUGCGUUGAAGGCGCCUUAUAAUAUCAGCACCCCCACCAGCAUCCUCGCUUCCGCCGCGCUGUCGAAGGAGGGGGUGGCGGAGAUGGAAGCCUCGCGCUCGAAAAUCGUUGAGCAGCGCGAACGUCUUGUUGCUGCUUUACCGUCCAUUAAGGGUGUUGGAAGGUUGAGAGGAGGAGAGGCAGCGAAUUUCCUGCUGUUUGAGAUAUUGAAUCAGAAGGGGGAGCCGGAUAAUACUGUCGCGAAGGGGGUUUAUGAACGUCUUGCUGCGGGGAGGGGGGUGGUUGUUAGGUUUAGAGGGACGGAGUUUGGGUGUCUUGGGUGUCUGAGGGUUACGGUUGGGACGGAGGAGGAGGUGACGAGGUUUUUGGGGGAGGUGGGGAAGGUUGUUGAGGAGGUUUGGGGGGAGGUUGGUGCGUAAUUAUAGAAUUUGAGUGGGAAAAGAUGGAUUUAGGACAUAGGAGGAGAGAGGGAGGGAGCUGGGGUUGGAGAAGGAAAAAGAGGGGGGGUAGAAUCUAGAUGUCAGCUUCUAAGACGAAUAAAAAAUGAUAAUUACAG